ACGCAGACCGAGCCCUCUGGGAGCCCAGGGCAUGCUGGGAAGCCGCCGGGCCCCUGACCCGGAAGGGCCGCGCAGCGUCCUUCUCCACGAUUCCCUAGCAACAGGGCGGCCGCACAGCGCCAGGCUGUCCCGCUCCGCGAUGCCGGUGCAGGUGGGCGAGAUCAGCUGGCAGCAGACCCCGGCUGCCGUCCUUCUGUCGCUGCCCCUGCGGGGCGUGUGCGCUCGAGAUGCCGACGUGUUCUGCACGGAAAGUUACCUGAAGGUCAACUUUCCUCCAUUUUUAUUUGAGGCUUUUCUCUACGCUCCCAUAGAUGAUGCCAACAGCAAAGCCAAGAUUGGGAAUGACAUGAUUCUCUUCACUUUAUAUAAAAAAGAACCAAUCAUGUGGGAGACCCUUUGUGUAUCAGGUGUUGACAAAGAGAUGAUGCGGACAAUAAGAGAAAAAUCUAUUUUGCAAGCACAAGAGAGAGCAAAAGAGACUACAGAAGCAGCGGCUGCAGCCAAGCGGGAGGAUCAGAGAUACGCAUUGAGUGUCAUGAUGAAGAUUGAAGAAGAAGAGAGGAAAAAAAUAGAAGAUAUGAAAGAAAAUGAACGAAGGAAAGCAACUAAAGAAUUGGAAGUCUGGAAAAAGUGUCAAAGAGAAGCUGAAGAGCAGAAAAGAAUCCAGAGAAAAGAGAAAUGUCAGCAGAAGCAAGCUAAAGAAGAAAGAGAAAAAGCAAAACCUAAAAGUUUUACUAGAAGCUCAGCAUCCAGCCAUCGUCCCCCACAAGGGAGAAAUUCGGAAAACAUAUUUUCUGAGGAUGACAGCAUUCCUGCUCCUCGCUCCGUCGGCAGUAUUAAGAUCAGCUUUACUCCUCGAGUGUUCCCAACUGCUCUUCGAGAGUCACAAGUAGCUGAAGAGGAGGAGUGGCUGUGUAAACAAGCUGAGGCACGAAGAGCAAUGAAUACUGAUAUUCCUGAAUUUUGUGAUUUAAAAGAAGAAGAAAAGAAUCCAGACUGGUUGAAGGAAAAAGGAAACAAAUUGUUUGCAACAGAAAACUAUUUGGCAGCAGUUAAUGCAUACAAUUUAGCCAUAAGAUUAAGUAACAAGAUUCCAUUAUUGUAUUUGAAUCGGGCUGCUUGUCACCUAAAACUAAAGAACUUGCACAAGGCCAUUGAAGAUUCUUCUAAGGCACUGGAAUUAUUGACACCACCUGUUGCAGACAAUGCUAAUGCAAGAAUGAAGGCACAUAUCCGACGGGGCACAGCAUUCUGUCAACUAGAGUUGUAUGUAGAAGGCUUGCAAGAUUAUGAAGCUGCACUUAAGAUUGAUCCAUCCAACACAGUUGUACAAAAUGAUGCUGAGAAGAUUCGGGAUAUAAUUCAAGGAACAGAAUUAAAGUCUUCAUGAGUACUAGAGACAGCUAGGUAUAGUACCAGGUAUUGUUUUAAGUUUCUCAAAAAUAACUGCAGAUGUUAGGAAUCUUUGUACACACUGUGGUCAACUGUGUAGAACCAUUGUUUAGGGCCCUAGCUCUGUAGAGAGCAAAAUCCUAUGAAACUUUAGAAAACGAAGUGCUUGGUGAGUCAUUUCCAAAAUAAGAGCAGUCUGUUUGAACUCUUAUUAGCUUGUAACAUACACUUUGUUGUUGCUGUUAAUGAACUGUACUUGCUUUCAUAACAGAAUUGGUAUUGGUGUGAUGUCCAGGAUACUUACUGAUAGAUUUUAUUAAUAUAUUUAAUUGUCUGAAUGACUGACUUUGCGGUAAUGAAUAGUGAUAAUUUUUAGUCAGUCUAUAGAUACACAGACCAGAUUUUCUCUUUCUACUGCCCGUUGUUUGUUGUUGGAUUUGCUGGGGUGUGGCAUCGUGUAGCACAUCCAAAAUCCGAGCACCAUAGCCCCUGAGCAGAGGAAUGAAGGGUUCCAGGAAUGCCUGGUCUGCAUAGUGAAACCUUGUCUCAAAAAGAUGUGUAGAAACCAACAACAAAACCCAUAUUACUUUGAAAGCCUUUAUUUGAAUUUUAGUUACAGUUAAAAAACAAAAUUCAGGGCUGGAAAGAUGGCUCAGUGGUUAAGAGUACUGGCUGCACUUGCAGAGGACCCUGGUUUGGUUC